GAGAGAAAACUCAGCAACCGCCGCGUUGCGCUCGCGCAGGGGAAUCUGUCGCCGUGUCGCACGCUUUCCCCUUUUCCUCCUCCGCCUGCUCUCACGUGUUCAUCGUUUCUUCUCGCCCCAUUCCAUCCAUCGUUCCACUCCCAUCCCUCUCCCCAGGCCAUCACUCAGCGCGUUGCUGUCGCCUGGGAACAAUAGAGUUUGCGAGGAGAGGGGACCAAUCCACAGGGUUUAAAUCGGCCUCGGCCCCGCCUCGAGUUCUUGCUGGAUUCGCUCGGAGCGGGGGCGCGGGCUUGUCGGCACAGCGCGAUGCAGCAGCAGCCGCAGCAGCAAGGCUUGGACAUAGACAAGCUACAACAGGUUGUGAAGACCCGCUGGCUAAAGCCUCAAGAAGUUCUGAAGAUACUGCAGAAUCAUGAGUUGUUCACGAUCUCACAUAAGACCCCUCAGAAGCCACAGAGUGGUUCUUGGUUUCUUUUCAAUCGUAGAGUACUCCGGUACUUCCGAAGUGAUGGAUUUGAAUGGCAAAAGAAGAAGAAUGGGAAGACCAUUAAUGAAGCUCAUGAGCGCCUUAAGGUCGAUAAUGUGGAUGCACUGAAUUGCUACUAUGCUCGUGGAGACAAAAAUCCUACAUUUCAGAGGCGGAUAUAUUGGAUGCUGGAUCCGGCUUAUGAACACAUUGUCCUUGUCCACUAUAGGGAUGUUCUAGAGGGCAGCAUUUCAGUGUCUGCACGAAAUGAUUCUUCAACAUCGAAUCAGAAUGGCAGUGCUAGCAGAGCUGAAGUACAUAGUUCACCUGGUUGGACAAGUGAGUUAAUUGUACAAUGUCCCAAUUCGUGCAGUCCGGGAUCUGCGGAAGAAGUUAGUUCCCGUACUAGUGCAAGUGAAUCUGAUUGGAUUCAACAUAAGGCAGCCUUGCGGAAGCUUAAAAUGCAGCUGAGUCUGGAAGACAAAGAAGAUUGUGAUGUUAAUGCCGAGGAAGUUCCAGCAAAUAAUGCGCCUAUUAUUUUGCCUGGGAUUCAGAAUGAGGAGCUAGACACUUCUAGGAAUCAUGAUGAUAUCUUUGAUGUGCUGGACUUUAAUGAAGAUCGUAUCAACGGAACUGGAACCCACUCAUGUCCCAGUGCUAUUGAUGUGCUAAAAAAUUCAGACACAUGGUUAGAGGAGGAUCAGCUUGAGGCAAUUCUGCAUCCAGCAUGUAUGACAUUGACUGAAAAUCAAUGGUUCAAGAUUCAUGAGAUUUCUCCAGAAUCAGCGUUUUCUUCUGAAAGUACAAAGGUUAUCAUUGUAGGAGACUUCCUUUGCAAUCCCCCUCACAGUUCAUGGGAACUGCUGUUUGGUGAUGUUAAGGUACCUGUGGAAAUUAUCCAGCAAGGUGUCAUCCGAUGCCAUACUCCAUGCCUUAAUGCUGGAAAAGUGAGAAUGUGCUUGGUCGAUGGGAAUGGGAAGUCCUGUAGUGAAGCACGAGAAUUUGAAUUCCUUGAAAAGCCUACCAAAGGCAUGAUUGAUGGAAACAGGAACCCCUGCAAUGAAGCACGAGAUUCCAAAAUCCAUCAGAUACCUACGAAAAGUAGUGAUGAGCUGUCGCUGUUACUACAUUAUGUUCAGAUGCUUUUUGAUGGUCAUGCUUGUGGGCUAUUUUCAAAUUUUAGCUUGCCACUCCCAAAUCUCGGCUGUGAAUUCCAAAUCAACCAAAUGGAUAUCAUAAAGAAGACAUAUGAGCAGCUGGACCCUGAGAAUACAGUAAAUAGUGUCAUGGAAGCAUUGCUUAAUGACAAGUUUAAGCAAUGGCUGUCAUCUAAAUGUGAACAGAAUAUUGACGGAGAUCAUUUUCUUCCUAAGCAAUACCACAGUAUUAUACAUAUGAUUGCAGCCUUGGGAUAUGUCUUGGCUUUGAAGCCACUGCUUAGUUCUGGAGUGCCUAUAAACUACCGUGAUGCAAAUGGAUGGACUGCUCUACAUUGGGCUGCAAGGUUUGGCAGAGAAGAUAUGGUCGUGGCUCUUCUUGCUGCUGGUGCUGCAGCUGGUGCACUUUCACAUCCGACAUCAGAGGAUCCUGCUGCCAAAACACCUGCUUCAAUAGCUUUGGCAUAUGGUUUCAAGGGCCUAUCCGCAUUCCUUUCAGAAGCACAAUUAACAACUCAUCUUGAUUCUAUUGAAUCAAAAGAAAAUGGAAAACCUGAUUCUAGGGAAGGGGGGAUAUGUCGUGCUGUGGACAGAAUAUCAGACAAAAGCAGCCACGUGCAUGGUGGAACUGAUGAUCAGCUUGCACUUAAGGAUUCCCUAGGAGCUGUCCGGAAUGCAGUUCAGGCUGCAGGACGCAUACAAGCUGCAUUCCGAAUUUUUUCCUUUAAGAAAAAGAAAGAGAUGGCUCUUCAGAACAGAAAUAGCUGCUUCUUGUCCAUUAGUGAGACAGAAGCAGUUUCACUUUCACAUGGUAUGCUGGAGAAAGCUGCAUUAUCUAUCCAGAAGAAUUUCAGGUGCUGGAAAAAACGUAAAGAAUUCCUGAGGAUACGUAAUAAUGUUGUCAGGAUACAGGCCCGAGUGAGAGCUCAUCAAGAAAGAAAGAAGUACAAGGAAUUACUUUCAAGUGUUGGAGUCCUUGAGAAGGUGAUGAUACGGUGGUACCGUAAAGGUGUUGGUUUGCGUGGAUUCAAUUCUGAGGCGAUGCCUAUUGAUGAAGUGGACGAAGAUGUUGCCAAGGUUUUCCGGAAGCUCAGAGUGGAAACAGCCAUUGAUGAAGCUGUUUCAAGGGUAUCAUGUAUCCUUGGUAGCCCUAAAGCAAUGCAGCAGUACCGUAGGAUGCUCAAGAGGUACCAACAAGCAAAGGAUGAUCAUGAAAAGUAAUGCAUGUGUUAAGCCAACAGUGAUGGACAGUGAAUCCCGAGAAAACUGAAAAAUUCUUGGGUGAUCUAGUACCAGCUCCAAUUCAUGCUGGACGCUGUUUGAGUGUACAUAGCAACGUCAUGUGCAAUAGCUGACUUUUGGCUGAAAGUUGAUAAAGAUGAUGACUUAGUACAUGCAGAAGCUUCCAAGAUCCCGAGCAAGGUAGAUGAGGUCUGAGCAACACUGUAUCCGAUAUAUAUGCCUUAUGCACUGCCUUCAGUCAGUAGGUUUGUAGUAAAUUUGUACUAUAUGGUAGUAAAUAGGGGCAAACUAUUGUAAUUUGUAGCACGGUGAAUGUUGUAAGGAAUCUCUCAGUUGCCAUUUUUGGCCUUGUUUAGUUCCAAAAUUUUUUGCAAAACA